GCUGCCGCCUGUAGCCCUUUUAGGGCGCCAAUCGCCUCGGCGUCGAAAACGUGGCUUUCCGGCGUAAUAAAUGCGGAGCCUGCGGCAAAUUCCAGGCCCGCCCUAAAAGCGGCCCAUCCGUACCCUAUUUGGACGCAGUUGUUUUCGUGUUUUUCCGAACCAUCCGUAUAUACCACGAUAUCGUCAGGUGAUACCAUGUCCAGCCAUUCGAUAAAGCGGCGGGCCGCUUCCUCUUUCGGGACUCCUCCGGUGGGGUCAGUGCGAGAAUCCGGGGCAUUGCGAGGUGCGCGCAACUCUAGUCUCCGGAUCCGCGGGAGAAGUUGUGCAGCCGUUUGCAGGGUCGUGGCCGAAUGGCCCGAGUUGCGGGCACGAGGUGUUUCACGCAGGCGGCUGACAAGGGGGUGCCCCUUGUCCGCGAGCCUUAGUCGGGCGCCGUAUUUCAGGCGGGUGUAGGCCAGCGCGACGCGGGCCGAGGGUAGUCCUGCGUCCCUGAGAACAGUGGACGAGGGGGUGGUUUUAUACGCCGGGAGGAUUGCCCGUGCCGCUAAAACCAGCGGUUUGUUCAAUGCUUUGAGGAGUCCUCUUUGCUUGUGCGCUGGGUUGUACCAUGCCUCGGCUGCGUAGGUGGCCGAGGAACCCACGCAUGCCACCGCUGCCUUGCGAAGUGCAGCCGCAGGCGGUCCGUAUCUUACUGCCCCAAAGCUCUUGAGGUGGGCAGCGACCGCCAUUGCUUUGGCAGCCCUUUCGGCCACGUGGCGGCGCCCGUCUAGCCGUCGGCUAAACCAAAAACCAAGCCAACGCAUGCCCGGGUAGCGCUCGGCCCCGGAGGCGCUUUGUCCGCGUCGACCGCCCGGUAGUUGGACCGGGGUAACCGUUCUACCAUUAAUCCGGAUUUCCGGGUUGCGACCGUGCCUUUUCUUAGUAAUAUGGAUCACCUCUGUCUUUUCCGCUGCAAAAUGGAUCUUCUCUUCCGCCGCAAUUUCGUGCAUAUCCCGGAGUUUAUUUUCCAGCCAACGUACGUUUUCCUCCAACGAGGGUGACGAUUUCCAUGUAAGCACGUCGUCUGCGUAUGCCAACCGCCACUUCGUACCGUUUUUGACGAGAUACGCCAAAUAUAACAUAUAUAGGAUCGGGGAAAGGGGAGACCCUUGCGGGGUGCCGCACCCAAGCCGCCUAAAGCCCGUGGUCGUACCCUCCAGCCGGACUCGGGCCUGGCGGCCGCUUAAAAAGUUAAUCACGAACCUGAGGAGCAUUUUACUAAACCCGAGGCUCCGCAUUUUCCGUAUUAAUCGCCUAUGGAGGAGGGCGUCGAAGGCGCCUUGGACGUCGCAUGCGACAAGGGUGACUUCCUCCCCGCGAGCUAGAGCCUGCUCGAUAUCGUGGGCGAGGGCACAAACCAGAUCCGUCGCCGAUCGUUUGGGUAGGGCACCGCCGUGGGUGCAGCUAAGGAGCCCGUUGUCGUGUAUGGCCCAAGCUAUCCGGCGUGCAACGAGCCUCUCGAGGCCUUUUCCGAUGCAGGAGAGGAGGGCUAUAGGCCGCCAGGAUCGAACGCUGCUCCGGUCUUUCUUCCCCGUUUUCGGUAGCAUCGCGACUUCGGCCUUCUUCCAAGGCGCUGGGAAAUGUCCGAGUUCCAGGCAACGUUGGUAGAGCCUGCGCACCGGCUCGGCCAACGAAGCCCAUCCGGCUUUUAGUAGCCGGACGGUCAUUCCGUCGAUGCCCGGGGAGGUUUAGGACCACAAAGCAGUGGAGCCGGUAGUAUUUGCUCCAAGUUCUCGGCUUGAUGGCCAUGCUUCUUUCGAGGUAGACAGGCUUGCUGAGAAAAAACACAGGUAACCCUUUUGCACCAUCACGAUACUGAGAGGCCAUGAAAUGAAGAUGAGGAUUAUCAAGAGGAACUUCUCAAGUGAGGUGAUAACAGCCGUUAAAUUGUGCAAAAGUUCUGACCCCUUGCCUGUUACUUGCUCUGGAAUAAUGGGCAGGAUUUCUUUUCAUGUUUCCUUUGUUUGGCAAUGAAAUCUUCAAUCUACAGAAUAUUGAUUGGAAAGGUGCGUCAAGCUUCGCCGUUGACACAUGUUUGUUGACUGGUAUCACAAACAAAGGCUUUGUCACAGACGCAUUACAUUGAGGGCCUUAACAUGGAUAACUUCGGUAGCAUGAUGACAAAAUGCUAAGAAAACGCCGCCGGUAUGCUCUGCUCUCCAUGAUAUGGACUAUCGAACCCAUAGUCUAAAGGUACAUCAACAUUCAACACGCGCCCUGCUCCUUGGGGAAUGAAAGGAGGCCAGCUCAGACCGCAGCAGCCACAAAUCUCGCCAUGUCCUCCACUCGUCCGCCGCCACCCUGGCCUCAUGCUCAACCUAACCAAGCAAUGCCAGCACCACUGGCCCACGCAAAUCGACCCGGACAAGCGCUCCGCAUGGCUCGCCCAGCCGACGCACGAGAGCUAAUCUUCAAGUUCGGCCUCGAGUUUCUCGAAGCGGGCAGCCCACCAUACGAGCACGCCGUUCGCCGCGUCGAGAACGUCCUGCACCACCACGCCGGCCAAAUACAAAUCGGCGCCGCGGUGCGCCCUCCCGGUAUGGAUGGAACGACCAUCUGGGAGCUACGUCGCACCGCCGGUCCCCCGUCCGUCCACCCCGACGACUUUCUCUGGUUCAUCGACCUCGCGCAUCACCUGGGCCCGGCACCGCGCACGGGCGGUCCCUGGACUGGCAUCAAGGUCACCGGCCGGCUGUGCAUAGGCGACAGGGUGUUCAGCGACUACGAGGAGCACUGCCGCCUGGUAUUGGAGGCCCUGCGGGGGAGGAGCACCAGCUUGACGGGCAACUUUUCGCCGUUGAGGACGCACGUGCCGAGGAACGCGACGACGUCGUUCUGGGUCGGCCUGAGCAUCGGCAGCGACGUGUGGGAGCCGACCGUCUUUCGCCGCCUCUACAUGUUGAUGUACCUGGUCGAGCCCACCGUGUGCUCCAUGUUUGUGCCCUCGUGGCGCAGCCUCCAGAGCAACCCGCGGCUCGUCGGCCUCCGCGGCUACGUGUCCAGCCUCGCCAUCCCCACGACGCCCAUCGACGGCACGCUGGACAAGUUCCUCGGCACGGCGGCGGCGGGGCGGGACCUGCAGGUGAUCAACUGGAUGUGGACGUGCGAGUUUGGGCGGCUGCUGGAGGUGAUGCGGGCGACGCGGCUGGUCUUGCGCAGCCACCUCGUCGAGCCUGGCCCGUCGUCGACGCCGUCCAGACAGAAGAACAUGGUCGAGUUUCGAUACCUGCCCGGGACGAUGGACAUGGCGCUGCUGCGGGGAUACGCAGAGACGUGUCUUGCGAUUGUCUACUUUGCCAAGACGUCGGACGACUUCAAGUACGCCGCCCUGCUGGAUGAAAUUUGCGAGUGCUUGGAGGAUGGCGGCGGCAUGGCGGAGGCGAGGCGCUUGCUACUCCGAGGCUUGGGGUUGGAAAGCGGGGUUGCCGAUUGGUGGGAGGCGGUCAUGCAGAGGCUCAAUAGCAGGUAUCAAGGCUGAGUCUAGAGCUGGUGCAGAGGUCUUGGGCAGAGUUGACGAGCUUGACAAGUUGAUGAUUGAUUUUGAUUUUGGGUGCUCUACUUGCCCGGGGGCCUCGGUGAACAUGGGAUGGGGGGUGCUCGUCUAACAGUUUAAUCCUUUUCUUCCAGAGAAUUCAGGCUGCUGGCUUUCUAAUCACAAAGUACACAAAGACUAGGAAACAGGGAUGCCAAUGGGUGUUUGACGUGGACAAACGCAUAUAUCUAAAAUUUGAAAAGCAUCAGGGUGCGUAUGUCUCCUCCCAGUUGACUGUAGUCCUGGGCAACCAAUUGCACUUGCUACGAUCUUGUUUGGGAAUAGAUACAGAUGCUCGGGACAAAGACACGAGAAACAAGAAACAAAGAAAGAUAGAACAGAGGGAGAAAAGCCCAGGUUGAGCCUUGUAAGAAAGAUACGUUUUGACUCAUUGAGUGACUUGGAACGUGUGCGAUCAAGACUAGAAUAGUUAAAAAAGCAAGUUCUAGUCCAUUUCAAUUCUUUAUAUAGUUUUAUGUCUAGAUUCUGACAUUCGGGAACCUGGCGAUGAACCGUGUCCUUUCAGGAUCGCUCAUUUCUCUUUCAAACUUCCAGCUCGUGACACGAUACUCUGGGGGGGUGUCGCACGUUGGCAGGAUCACACACGUGCCGCGGACGGUUUUGCACUUGAAACCGCUGAUUUCCGCCGUUUCGCCCGCUGGCACUAUGUCGUGGCCGAGUGCCUGGUCAAAUACUUGACCGGAAGGAUACUCAAUGUAAACAUCGCACAACAAGGGCCUUCUUAAGUCCUGGAUCCGACCAUGGUAAGGACGCGACGCCCAGGCAGAGGCUGGGAAAAGCGCCGUGGCGGUGGCCAGGAUGGCGAAAAGGUUCUCGGGGUGCAUGGUUUUGUGGGUGGGUUGAUGUCUCUGCAAAAAGGUUUAGGAUGAGUGUUUUGCGGCAAGAGAAAGACGAUGCUACAAAAAGAAUACCUUGGCCAAGUAUCCAAGAGCAAGUAUUUAAAUUAAUAACGUCUGCUUUUAUUUACAAGCACCUCACAUAAUUUCAAAAUAGAAAUUGGAAAGCAAGGUAACCAUUCUUUGUUCACCUACGAUUCAAGAUGCCACGACCAACAUUACAAUAGCUCUAGGUUUCGCUUAAAAUAGUAUC